AAAAAGAACACCAAACCUUGCAAGCAUGAACACACUGAGCCUACUUUCCCGGGUUGUUGUGGGGAUUAAAUGGCUCCUUGGUGUAAAAAAAAAAAAGUGGGGCGUAAAUGCAAAAUAAACAAGCAAACUAAAGAUUCAUUCCUUUCAUUGGUUCUACUGUGGACAGAGCUCAGUUGCAUGCACCCCGAUGGGUCUACUCUAGGCUAGACACUUUUAUUUAUUAAGGCUCCAGCGAACUGGCUGGGGUCAGUUCCACGUCGGCCAGGCGGUGAAGAUCCCGCGCCUUGAGCAGAGGAGGGUUAACCCGGAUUUGCCUGCCCCCUUUGCAGAAGGAGUCCCAAAGGCGGGUCUUGGCCGCUGCGUCCGCACUGCGCUCCUAUCGCGCACGGGCGAAGCCUUGCGCGCUCCUGCGCUCGGAGCCGCCUCUCUCCUCCGCCGCCUCCUCGCCCUUCUCGGACCAAAAAGGUGGGAGAGAGGAAAUACCAUAGAGCGAGAAAAUCUAAGGGAAGUACCGCGUGGCUUUCUCCGGAGCCAUUUCCUCUCCCUCCUCCCUCUCCCCCCUCUGUAUUAUUAUUUGCAUGGUUUGUUGCUAUCAUUGCUUUUGCUAUCAAAAACUACCGGAACGGGGUCCCCCUCCUCGCCAUCGGUGGUGGCAUCAGCACUUUGCACAUGCUCAGGGGGCGCUGCAUUUAGCUCUAGAAGUUGCGGUUGGUAGGAAGUGGUCAGAAAGGAAGCGGGUGGGUUGCUUUUUUAUGUGCGUGUUUGGCUCUACACACAACACAAAGACACGCAACGCCCCUUGUUCCUCGCUUUGGCGCGUGUGAUGAGGACGAAGGAGACGUGAGAGCCCCAAAACCCAGCGGGCAGGGGAGGCGGUAAGUUGCAGCCUUUUCUUCCUUGCUAAUGUAAUUCGCUUAAAAAAUCGUUUUUAACGAUUUCUUUUUUAAAGCGAUCAGGGCGCUCUCGAGACAUCAGUGUAACAAAAUCACAGUUGGGCAAACCGCAGUGCUGGGAAGUGAGCGUAAAAGGCCAGCAAAACAGCCAGCGGGGAGAACCACGCAACUGAACAUACGUGUGAAACUAGCUUGUGAAAAGUUACGGGUCCCAGAGAAGAAGGAAUUGCUCAGAGGAGCCAACAUGGCAACAGCCAAGGUGAAGAGGAUCAAGUUUUCUGACGAGGAGAAGUUCCUGAUCCUGGAAGGAUUUGCUCUCCGCAAGGACAUCCUGAUCCCAAAGAGCCGCCGCUACAGCAACACCGCUGCCCGCCAACGGGCCUGGGAGGAGAUCGCCGCAGCUGUCAACUCUCUGAAUCCUCUCAUUCAGCGCACGCCGCAAGAGAUCCUCAAGAAGUGGAAAAACAUGGUGGUGGACGCCCGCAAGGGUCUAAGAAUGGAGAAGCACCCUCUGCUGCAGAGGCAACCCCGGGAACGCCUCUUCCGUGAUAUCAUCGCUCUCCUCAAUAAAACGGACACCACGCUCCCUGAACCGUUGCUUUACGGUCCUGACUUGAGAGCUGAGUCUCCGGGCAGCUCCAGAGGAGACGCAUCGCCGACAAUCCGUGCCGAGGUGCUCUCAGGCUCGCCUUGCCUGUCGUAUCUCCGCAGCGACAGCCACUACCGGCAGCCUUGCCGGAUUGAGGCUUCCGCAAACCCCAAAGCCAAUGGAGGAUCGCCACAGGCAGAUUUACUGAGGCAGAACUUUGCCAGCCUCUCGCAGUCCGGGGAGGGGCUCGAACAACAUGCAGAGGGGGCUCGAGAGAGAGAGGAGGAGGAGACAUUGGUGGAGCCCUGCAAGGGGGUCUCGUUGAGCUACGUUCAUCACUCUGACCAGCCGCACUGUGCACAAAUCCCCAGGAUGCUUUUGCCCCAAAGGGGGGAAUCUGGGCAGUCCAGAGUUUGCAGAAUGCCAGAACCUAGUACCUGCCCAUCAGACUUCCCUUUGCCAUGUAAGCUUGAGUGCCCUCUCAGCCCCGAGCUGGAAUGUCCUUGUCUGGGAGCAGCCUGCAGCCCCUUGAUUCAAAGCAGAGGCAUUGGGAAUUCCGGUGCCAAAGGCACCCCCUCCGCCCUCAAUAAUCACGCUGAAGAUUUGCAUCCCGGCCAGAAGGGUUGUAGCACGCCAGCCGGAGGCCCACCCAGAGAGCUUUUGGAGAGGCAGAGCCAGCUGCAAACCGAGGUUCUAGAACUGCAGAAGGAGACCCUCCAGCUGCAGAAGGAAAAGAUCCUGCUGGAGAAAGAGAAACUGUUGCUGGAAAUCCUCAAGCUCCGCCGUGAGCUGGGCACAUGAGAACAGUGUCUGAGAAGUUGUUCUCUGAAUUUGAGCUUUCCACCAGGAACUUGAUGCAUCUCAGAGGGAAGGGAGGACUCGGAGCCAGACUCAGUGUGGGUGGGUGUGAAAUCGUCACCAUCAUCACCAUCACUGUGCCCUUGAGCAUGCACUUUCUCAUCACUAAGCGCCCACAAAUCACCGAUUGGCUUCUGGGCUUAGGAAAAGGGCGACUCCAAUCUCUUUGCCCUUUCCAUAUAUCCCAUUUGGCCCUCCAGAUGUUGAGGGAACACAACUCCCAACAGCAAGGGGUGAUGGGAGUUGAAGUCCAGCCGCACCUAGACAACCACACAUCUCCCGACGCUGCCAUUUGUCAAGGAGACGCUCUACCGAUUCAGAGCAUCCUUCCUUUUCAUUCACGUAAAUGCUGAAUUGUUGAAGUCGGCAAACAUCAACAUUCUCCUUUCUUACAAGGCCGGGGAACCCCGAGGGCCUCAUUCCCCGUCUGGGAGGCCUUCCGAGGACCGUGUGAUUGUGGGCGGAGCCAGAGGCAAAAGUGGGCGGAGCAACAGCUUCUCCUUCCACCUUGUGUUGCAUCCUCCCUCCUGGGGAGCCUUCCGAGGACCGCACGGUGGGGGUGGGCGGGGCCAGAGGCAAGUGGGCAGGGCAACAGGUGCUCCUCUCACUUUGCAUGGCAGGGACAGGAAUCAAUCAUAUGACAUAUAAAUUUGUCAUAUGGAUGCCCAAUAUGAAUUACAGUAUAUGACUGAAUAUAUUGAACUGAUGUCGGAUUGAAUCACGAGUGAUAUGACGUUUAUGGUUGUGGGUUGUGUCAUUUAAGUUAUUCUGCAUUAUAUGUUUAUAAAUUAGUGAUUGAGGUGAUUCUGUGUUAUAAGUUUAUAAAUUAGUGAUUGAUUAUAGCAGCCGGUUAUGCUUGUUGUAUAAUUACAGGAGCCAGGGGCAGAUCAGUAAUAACCUUACCUUCCAAGAUCCGGACUGCAGAAUCCGGGAUCGGCAGCCAUUUGACACCGGAAGUUGCGUCGAUGUAACUUCCGGUGUCGCUCCGCCCAUCUAUGGGCAC